GGUCUGGCCUGUUGCUGUGGAGACAUUGAAUAAUUGACAGGGUGCGGCUCAACGGCUUCAGGUGUGCCACGAUAGAGUGUGUGUGUGUGUGUGUGUGUGUGUGUGUGUGUGUAAAAGGCAGACUACAAGACACAGCGAAAGCAAGACCAUAAAAAAAUACGGGAGGUUCUUUAAUGAAUUAUAGAGAAUGCAUUGAUUUAGCUGGAUCUGGGCGAUACACACAGAAACACACACACACGCAGAAAAAUGGAAGGGGAAGUAGACGACGAAGACGGGAUGUUCACCAACAUCUCUCUGGCUGAUGACUCAGCUGACUGUGACUCUGCAGCACUGCGCCCUAAACCAGAGGAGCAGCUCUCCACCAUGAACUGUGACAUGGAUGGAGACAUGGAGAAUCAGGUUGAAGUGGAGGAGAAGACCCGCCUCAUUAACCAAGUGCUGGAGCUCCAACACACACUCGAAGAUCUCUCUGCUCGGGUGGACGCCGUGAAGGAGGAGAACCUGAAGCUGAAGUCGGAGAACCAGGUUCUAGGCCAGUACAUAGAGAACCUCAUGUCGGCCUCGAGCGUGUUUCAGACCACCGACACCAAGAGCAAACGGAAAUAAAACGCACGGGGCGUCGUCUUCCUUCCCAAAACGGAUAGCCAGUCCUCUAACACCGAGGCCAGUGCGUGCCGACGUUCCAGCUUUCACAUGUACACCAAUGCUGAGCUCUGAGUUUAUUUGUCCUGUUUAUAAAUCUUCUUUGGUUCUUUGCCUCACUGCCUUAUCGUCCUGGCAGGUUGUGGAUAACACUCGUGCAGAGAGACGUGCUCUCCGUUUCAAUCUGUGGUCAGAUAUCGACAGCAUUAAUGCACAUCAGCUUCUCUGUAGGUCUUUUAUUAGCUUCUCAACAACCUAUUUGAUCAAAUAAUGCCGUUUACUUUGUCACUAUAUUAUGAUAUGUUAAAAAUGAAAGCACAGAAGAGAAGUGCCGUGUACUCUUUAGCACAGGAAGCUCAACCUGAACGUGCAUGAGGUGCCAUUAUUUAUUCUUCCAAAGAGACAUGCAUGAUUUAAGAAGCCGAUAUUGAUGAUUAUUAGUGAACGAAUGGCAACGAUGAAGAACUAUCAUGGACGAUACAUUUCUACUGUAUUGGGUUUAUUUUGCAUUAACAGUUAGAGGUGGAGUUGGUUGAAAAAAGUCCGUAGAGGCAGAGGCUCCGCUCCAGUAAUUACAGCGCUGGUAAUAAAUAUUCAGAGUCCGUACUCGAGUCUUUAUUGUCGCGUAUACAAAUACAGUACAGUUGCAUUCUUUUAUCCUAGCUUGGGUCAGCCAGCCAUGAUUCAGCUCCUGGAGCCGAGAGUGUUUAAGAGCCUUGCACAAGCACCCAAUAGAGGCACUUUGGCGGUUCGACGCUCGGACCCACAACCUUCUGAUUAGUAGCUGCGAGCUUUAACCACCGAGCCACCGCUGCCCCUGGCACGCGUGCACGUUAGACAUAAGACAGGCCUGUGCAAUCAGGAUGUCGACUACUUUGUAGCCAAGCCAAAUACCCUGGUCCAUGAGAACAACCAUGAACUGACAUAAUUCAUCCCCUAUCUCCAAAAGAUUAUUAGAUUUCCAAAAAAUGAUUACAAAACAUACACUAUAUGGUCAAAUGUAUGUGGACACCUGACCAUAACACCCAUAUGUGGGCCUUCUCCAAACUGUUCCACAAAAUUGGAAGCACGUAAUGGUAUAGAAAGUCUUUGUAUGCUUUAGUAUUAAGAUUUCCCCUCACUGGAACUAAAGGGGGCCAGGAUGAACUGGGAUAGUGACUGUGUGCCAGGCCUUCUCGCAUGACAUCAGGAACGCGCGCAAAAAAAAUCCCACCAGCCACGUUCCAAAAUCGAUUUUUCCACAAUACUGUCUUCCAGUUUCAUUUUUAACUUACAAAUACAGACUGUUGCUACUAACUGGUACAGAGAAACAUUUCCUUGCACAGAGGAGAAGAAAAUACAUUGGCUGUUGUCAUUGUUUCACAGAUAACAGACAGCGACAGGAGUCAGACACUUGCUACGUCAGGGCCGUUAAUCCUUAACUGCUCGGUGCUCAUCUUAUUCACUUUGGUUAACAGCAUCUUCAAAAAUGAAUAAAUACGACUAUAGCGAGAGGUGGCAAGACAACAGUACAGCGAUGCGUAGAAAGGACGACUCGCUUGAGCUGGGAUACGUGAAAAGACAGCGGAGAUGAGGAUGUGAGACGGCACUAAUAAAUGGACCGUCUGGCAUUUAAGCGGUAAAAAGGGAAACGGCGGCCGUGUUGAGUGAUAUCGAUCCCAGAGAGUACUCUGGAUCCACGGGCGCAUUUGAUUUCUGCAAACCACGUAGACAAAGCAGAGCCGGGAAAUAACAACACAGUGACUUUAGAUACGUCUGCUAGCCGUUUCUGGUAAUUGAUGCAGCGCGGUCUCACCAAAUAAACAGAUUUUAGAGCUGCAGUGUAUCCGAGUAAGGUAGAUCUGCUUAGGUUAAAGUAAUAACAUUUUCUGGACAUUAAUUACUGUAGAGAUAAAGAUGUUACAGAUCUUAUAGUGUGACAUACAGAACUCGAGUCAUAAGAAACAUGAUAGAGCUUCAUUGUUACAAAGAACUGGUCAUGUACUACACUAUUUAUUAUUUUUAAUGUACUUUAAUACUGUAUAUGAACAUUUCUUCAGGUAUUAACUUGAGCCUGCACACAUCCAAUGUAGAUAAAGCCUUGCGUGUAAAUUGUACUAUUACAAACUUGUGUUAAUAAACUGUUUUUGCUUUUGCUUA